AUGGACCCUGGGGGGAAUGUGUGUAACAAUGGGAUGGAUGUAGAAACAAUGGGUCUCAUCUGUCGGGAGCUGAACUGUGGAAGAUUUAAGACUGAGAGAGCUACCAAAGCACGAGUGGAAUCAGCUCCUAACUGGCUGGAUGAUGUAAAAUGUAGGAAACAUGACUCUACUCUGUUUCACUGUCCAUCUUCAUCCUGGAGUCAGAACAAUUGUGAUAGAAGCAGUGAGGUGACUCACAUUACCUGCUCCGGAGAGAAGAAACAGCUUGCAUUUGAAAACCUUCAAAAAAACCUUCAGUGCUCAAAUUACAUGCCUAUUAGGUUGAGAGGAGGAGAGGAAAUCUGUUCUGGGAGGUUGGAGGUGUAUCAUAAUGCUGAGUGGGGGUCUAUAUGUGCUGAUCUGUGGGACAUCAGGGAUGCUCAGGUGGUCUGCAGGCAGCUGGGUUGUGGGCCGGCGCUGAGUGCUAAUAGAAGAGCUGUUGAUGGUUCUGGUGGAGGAACUAUCUGGAUGAACAGAGUGAAGUGUAGAGGGAAUGAGAUUCACCUGUGGGACUGUCCUCAUUCCCUGAAGAUCCACACUGGCUGCUCCCACAGUGCUGGAGUCACCUGUGCAGACAUAUUUGUCACAUUACCUUUUUCAUCUGACACAACUACAACUUACACCACAGUACCAGCACAGCUAACAGAGAAAAAGACAGUCCCUCCUUCAAAAAAUCCAUCAUCUAAUUUUCCAUACAUCUAUCCAGUGUCUCUCCUGGUUCUGGGAUCUGUGCUCUUCCUGGCCUUAGUGCUUCUGGUUGUGCUGUUUUAUCAGAACAGAGUGCUCAGGAGAGUGAUUUCUAAGGCGAGGAGGAAGACUCUGCUUGAGGCAGUCUAUGAAGAGAUUAACCAUAAAUGUGUCACUAACAGAUAUACUAAAAGAGGAAGUUUUAUCUCUGAAGAUCAGCAUUCAGGAUAUGAGGACGUAGAUGAGGAACUUCUCUCAGAAAACUAUGGCGAGGUCUAUGAUGAUAUCAUACCUGCUGAAGAGAGCCCACACAUUACAACAGACAGUGUGAGGUUGGUGGAUGGUGGGAGCCGCUGUGCUGGGAGAGUGGAAGUUCUUCAUAGAGGACAUUGGGGAACAGUUUGUGAUGAUUACUGGGAUAUGAGAGAUGCUGCAGUGGUGUGUAGAGAGCUGGGCUGUGGGGAAGCCAUAGAUGCACCACGGAGAGCUCGCUUUGGAUCAGGAUCAGGACCGAUCUGGGUGGAAUAUGCUAACUGUGCUGGAUCAGAGUCUUCACUGAAGAACUGUAGGUCGUAUGAUUGGGGUAGACAGAGAUGUAAUCAUGAUGAAGACGCUGGUGCUGUUUGUGCAGAAGUCAGAUUGGUGGGCAGAUCUCGCUGCUCAGGGAGAGUGGAGGUUCUUCAUGGAGAGAGCUUGGUCACAGUGUGUGAUGCUGACUUUGACCAGCAGGAUGCAGAGGUUGUGUGUCGAGAGCUGGGCUGUGGUUCUCCUGUGGAGGUUCUGGGAGCAGCUGCUUUUGGUAGAGGGGAGGGUCAGGUGUGUUUAGAGGAGCUUCAGUGUAGAGGCAGCGAAUCACAGAUUCACUUCUGUCCAAAAUCAUCUUCACUCAAACACAACUGCUCCCAUGAUAAUGAUGUGGGACUGGUGUGUGCUGACAGUGUGAGGUUGGUGGAUGGUGGCCAUCGCUGUGCUGGGAGAGUGGAGGUUUUUUAUAACAGAACAUGGAGAUCAGUGUGUGGUAAAAACUGGGAUAUAAGAGAUGCUGCAGUGGUGUGUAGAGAGCUGGGCUGUGGGGAGGCUGUAUUUAAAAAUGUUCAGUUUGGACCAAGAUCAGCCUGGAUGGAUGAUGUGAACUGUAGUGGAUCAGAGUCUUCAGUGAAGCACUGUAGAUCAGCUGGAUGGGUGGAACAAAUUUGUAAUCGACUUGCUGGAGUCAUCUGUUCAGGGGUCAGAUUGGUGGGCAGAUCUCGCUGCUCUGGGAGAGUGGAGGUUCUUCAUGGAGAGAGCUGGGUCACAGUGUGUGAUGCUGACUUUGACCAGCAGGGUGCAGAGGUUGUGUGUCGAGAGCUGGGCUGUGGUUCUCCUGUGAAGGUUCUGGGAGCAGCUGCUUUUGGUAGAGGGGAGGGUCAGGAGUGGUCAGAGGAGCUUCAGUGUAGAGGAAACGAAUCACAGAUUCACUUCUGUCCAAAAUCAUCUUCACUCAAACACAACUGCUCCCAUGAUAAUGAUGUGGGACUGGCAUGUUCUGGUCACACUCAGGCUCGGCUGAUGAACGGCUCAGAUUCCUGUUCUGGUCGAGUGGAGCUCCAGUUCCUCAGUGAGUGGGGUACAGUGUGUGAUGUAAGCUGGGAUAUGAGAGCUGCCAGUGUCCUCUGUGCUCAGCUGAAGUGUGGGAGUUCUGUGGCUGUGUUGGGGUCAGACUGGUUUGGGGAGGGGAGUGGCCGGAUCUGGGCUGAUGUGUUUGAUUGUCAGGGAAACGAAACACACCUGUUAAAAUGUCCCAUUUCAUCAUGGAGUCGAACUGCAUGCUCUCAUGAACAGGAUGCUGGAGUUAUCUGUAGUGGUUCUUCUCUGGCGUCUCAUGAGGGAGGAGUGCGGUUGUCUGGAGGGAUGGAGUGUGAGGGGGAGGUAGAGGUUUUCUUCAGGCAGGACUGGAGGAGAGUUCUGCUGGACUCCUGGAGUGAGUCUGAGGCCUCUGUGGUCUGCAGACAGCUGGGCUGUGGUUCUGUACUCAACAUCUCCAGCUCCUCUUCAUCCAGUCCUGAACACAGCUACAUGUGUGUGACGGGUUUCAACUGCUCUGGGAGUGAAGCUCAUCUGAGGAACUGCAGCUCCACAGUACAGCUCUACAUCACCUGCUCUGGUACAUCUAACACAGUCCACAGCUCCAUCAGGCUGGUUGGUUCUGGAGGAGACUGUGCAGGAAGGCCGGAGGUUUUCCACAGUGGAUCAUGGGGGACAGUGAGUGAUGAAUUGUGGGAUAUUGAGGAUGCGCAGGUGGUCUGCAGACAGCUGCAGUGUGGAGUCGCCCUCAGUGCUCCAGUACCAGUACCAGCCCGGUUUGGAUCUGGAACUGGACCCAUUUGGCUGAAUGAGGUGGAGUGUGAGGGGAACGAGGUGUCUCUGUGGAACUGCAGAUAUCAGCUGUGUGGAGAGGAUGAAUGUGGACACAAGGAUGAUGUAGGAGUCGUGUGCUCAGAGAAUGGAAAUACACUAGAUUUGACAAAUUGGCUGUGUGAUUCAUCUCCUUAUGAGAGACCGUGCUCAAAGCACAUUCCUCUGAGGCUGAGGGGAGGAGUAGGAAGCUGUUCUGGAUGGCUGCAGGUGUAUCAUAAUAAAACAUGGGGGUCUGUAUGUGGUGACCUCUGGGACAUCAGGGAUGCUCAGGUGAUCUGCAGGCAGCUGGGUUGUGGGCCGGCGCUGAGUGCUAAUAGAAGAGCUGCUGAUGGUUCUGGUGGAGGAACUAUCUGGAUGAACAGAGUGAAGUGUAGAGGGAAUGAGAUUCACCUGUGGGACUGUCCUCAUUCCCUGAAGAACCACACUGACUGCUCCCACAGUGCUGGAGUCACUUGUGGAGGCUUCCUGUAUCAUACUUUGCCUUUAAAUAAUAAAAGAGGACAGAUGGGACAUUUUGUCUUGCAAGGUCGGGGACCACUUUUCUCCAUUGUAAACAGGCUUGAUAGCAACUUCGAUUCUCAACCACAGACAAGAAGAAUCAUACUUCCACAAACUCCUCCACCAGCUGUUCCCUCCAUCUAUCCAGUGUCUCUCCUGGUUCUGGGAUCUGUGCUCUUCCUGGCCUUAGUGCUUCUGGUUGUGCUGUUUUAUCAGAACAGAGAGCUCAGGAGAGUGAUCUCUAAGAGGAGGAAGACUUCAGCUGAGCCUGUCUAUGAGGAGAUUGACACCAGGCUCAUCCCUAAAAGAAUUACUGUCUCAACUGAAAGGUGGUGAGCUUCCUGAGGGCUUUGAGGAUAGUUAUCCUGGUGCGUGUCUUUCGUCUGGCCUCUCAGAAGAAAGAUCUGGAGAAGGUCACUAGAAGAAAGG